AUUUACUAUAAUAAGAUUUUUUUUUUCUUUUCAAUUUUUAACAUAAAAUAAAAUAAAAAAGGCUGGAUCCGAUUUAUGCCAUACCAUUCCGUUUCCAAAUACCUUUUUUACGGUGGUGCUUCUGGCGGAGGUUUUCGCCGGAGCUUCCAACGUCUCUUUCAUCUCCACAACUUUUAACAUCACUGCAUUCAAAAUCUGAGAUCAACUUCGUGAUUUUCUCCCUCUGUUUCUCCGAUUUGGUGUUUCCUUUUGUUUAUGGAUCCGGCUUCUAGAACCUUCAUUUUUCAUUGUUUUUUGCUUCCCAAGCUGUAACUUUAUUAGCUGAUUUGGUACGAUUGAUGAUUUUACAGUUUUUGUGGUGGAAGUAGGAUUGAUAUGCUGAGUGACCAUGUCGUUGAGAAGCAUAGUAAGGGAACUCAAGGAGAUGAGGGAUGGGAUUGGUAACACGUCGAGGCGACGUGUUGGAAAUAGGAAUUCACAGCGUCGGACGAAGUCACACAUUGUUCCUGAUAUCACUCUAACAACACUUGAACCUGUUCAGCAGGGACAAUGGGCUAAUAUACCACCUGAGUUGCUUCUUGAUAUAAUUCGGAGGGUAGAAGAGACUGAGACUUCUUGGCCUGCACGUGCCGCUGUUGUUUCUUGUGCUUCCGUGUGUAAAUCUUGGAGGGCCGUUACAAAAGAGAUUGUCCAGACACCCGAGCAGUGCGGAAGGUUGACAUUUCCUAUUUCAUUAAAGCAGCCGGGUCCUCGCGAUUCUCCAAUUCAGUGCUUCAUCCGCAGGGACAGAGAAACUUCUGUGUAUCAAUUGUACUAUGGACUGGUGCCAUCGGAAAAUGAGUCUGAUAAGCUGUUAUUAGCUGCCAAAAAGAUAAGGAGGGCAACAGGCACAGACUUCAUCAUAUCUUUGGUUGCAGAUGAUUUUUCUCGGUCCAGCAAUGCUUAUGUCGGAAAACUCAGGUCUAAUUUUCUGGGUACCAAGUUCACUAUAUAUGACAGCCAACCUCCGCAAGGAACUGGUAUUCAACCAAACAGGCGGUCCAGUAGGAGAUUUCAUUCUAAGCAGGUGUCUCCAAGAGUUCCAGCAUGUAACUAUAUUAUUAGCACCAUUGCCUAUGAGCUGAAUGUUCUCCGCACAAGAGGGCCAAGAAGAAUGAACUGCAUCAUGAAUUCGAUACCUGUGUCAGCUGUUCAGGAAGGGGGCACUGCUCCUACUCCUACAUCUUUUCCUCAAAUUACCGAUGAGCAUAUUUGUCCCGCACUAGCACCAGCCCCUAAAGGUAAUGUUCCAAUUGGAGAUUUAAGCAAUUCAUCCCUCCUAGAGAUGCCAGCACAGAGCCAAGGCUCAGUUGAAUCCCUGGUACUUAAAAACAAGUCUCCCAGAUGGCAUGAACAGCUGCAAUGCUGGUGCUUAAACUUCAGGGGCCGUGUUACAGUGGCUUCGGUUAAGAACUUUCAACUUGUGGCUGCUGUUGAUCCAUCUCAUAAUGUUUCUGCUGCAGAGCAAGAAAAGGUUAUCUUGCAGUUUGGAAAGAUCGGAAAAGAUAUAUUUACUAUGGAUUACCGUUAUCCAAUCUCUGCCUUCCAAGCAUUUGCAAUAUGCUUGAGCAGCUUUGAUACAAAACCAGCAUGCGAAUGAGACCCAUGUCAAUCUGUCAUUGUCUGCAGGUGACUUCAUAUAAUCGUGUUUGGCAAGAGUUAAACAUAAUUUAUUCUACACUGUCAACUGGUGUUUCUCAGAUUUCAACUCCCUCCAGUAAGAAAUGGUUGCAGUUGCCGCAGUCACAUAAUUUUAGGCCAUUUUAGACCAAAUGACACCGAAGUUGAAUUAUGAACCAGUGAUACAAUAGAGUCUUGCCGGAGCUGAUGCUAUAAACUGCCUUCUAACCCAUCUCUUUCCUGAUUUAGUUUCUUUCUGUUAAGUUUCCUCAUCUUCAGCUUUGGAGCUUAUGUUGCAUCUUAAAGCUCUAUGAUAUUUCUCCAAAAGGUUAAGGAGAUUGAACAGGAGCCUUCCUCUACAAGCUCUACACUGUUUAAGCAACUUAAUCACACUUAACGGGUGCUUACUUAAUGCUUUAACUGGCUUGGAUAAGAGUAAACAUGUAACAGCUAUUCAUGGAGAUGAAUCAGAACUCCACAAUUACAUUGCUCAUGUGUUGCUGAAUCUAUUUUACUACACUGCCUAAUAAAUUAUAGUUAAUUGUAAA